AUGAUGACCGGACAAAAUACCAAUAACCCGUGCGAACUCACCAAGCAUGAUACGGGUUGGCGACGAGUAGUUCGUCAUUUCACGCCGUCUUGGUUUUCGGUUACUAUGGGCACGGGCAUCGUGUCUAUUCUACUCAACACCCUCCCUUACAAUGGCCAGUGGCUAUACUGGAUUUCAGUCGUCUUAUUUGCCUUCAAUGUCCUUCUUUUCACCAUAGGGUGUAUCAUCACCUUCCUUCGCUAUACCUUAUAUCCGGAGAUAUUCUUCGCCAUGAUCAAGCAUCCAGUCCAGUCCAUGUUCAUAGGAACGUUCCCUAUGGGAUUCGCGACUAUCAUCAAUAUGUUCUGUUUCGUCUGUGUUCCAGCCUGGGGUGACUGGACGCGGAACUUUGCCUGGGGCUUAUGGAUCUUUGAUGCGAUCUUUUCGGUCAUCACUGCUCUCUCCCUACCCUUCUUACUAAUGGCUCACGGAACCGAAAUGCAACUCUCAUCCAUGACAGCCGUCUGGCUCCUCCCCAUCGUCAGCUGCAUUGUCGCAGCUUCAUCAGGGGCCAUCGUAGCUGACGUGCUCCCCAAUCCACAGCACGCUCUCUGGACCGUGCUCGUGAGCUACGUCCUCUGGGGCAUCGGAUUACCCCUGGCACUGAUGGUGAUGGUGAUUUACCUACAGCGACUGACGCUGCACAAAUUACCUCCUAAAGCGGUGAUCGUGAGCGUGUUCCUUCCCCUGGGACCUCUUGGUCAGGGCGGCUUCGGUAUAAUGAAACUGGGCCAAGCGGCGCAGGAAAUCUUCCCAAAGACACAAACCCUCGAAGCAGCAUCCGGUCCGAUCUUCUAUACCAUGGGGUUCAUGGUCGCUCUAAUUCUCUGGUCCUUUGGAUUGGUCUGGCUAUUCUUUGCCUUGGCAUCUAUUGCGAGGAGUAAGAGCUUCCCGUUCAAUAUUGGAUGGUGGGGUUUCACUUUCCCCUUGGGAGUGUACGCCACGAGCACGUGCCAGAUGGGCAAGGAGCUGCCGUCGGAGUUUUUCCGGGUGUUAGGAACGAUCCUUUCGCUUUGCGUGGUGGUCUUAUGGAUUGUGGUCAGUAUUGGGACGCUGCGGGGAGUGGUGUCAGGCCGGUUAUUCUUUGCACCGUGUUUGGGGGAUUUGAAGGCACGGGAAGACGAGAACAAAGAUGGUACAAAGGCAGCUUGA